CACAAACGAGACAGUAUUGAAGAGAGCAGGCCACACUGUGCCUUUUUAUUAUCUCUACCAGCACAAUACACCUUUUGCGUUCUAAAACUUUAUUUGUUUGAGAUUAAUUUGCGAACUAUGGUAGAGUUUGUAAAUGACCCAAAUUUUAAAGAUUUAGUGGUUGACACCACAAUUGACAAUAGAAAUGACGAGGAGCCAAUGACAAUUCGCAAUUUCACAGAACUGAUGAUUCAGUUUUAUAAGCUUGGCUGGAUGCGUGGAAGUGGUGGAGCAAUGGGAUGCAUUUCCGGAAGUGAGUUGAUGAUAUCCCCGUCGGCACUUCAAAAAGAGCGUAUCCGAGAGCAGGACGUGUUUGUUUACAAUAUGAAGGAUAAAACUGAGGUUCAACGACCGCCUAACAAAAGGAUCACUGUUUCAUCGUGCUCAGUGCUCUUCUCGCUGAUUAUGAAAGAGACUGGAAGCGAAUGCGUAAUUCAUACUCACUCAAAAUGUGCCAACCUCAUUACGCAACUCAUCAAAUCCAACGUUUUCGAAAUUUCCCAUCAGGAAUAUAUUAAAGGGAUAUACGAUCCAUUUUCCGGAAAAGCUCUCAAAUACUCCGACACUUUGACCAUUCCUAUCAUAGACAAUAUGCCGAGUGAAAGCCAACUUUUGGAACCAAUAAGAGGUGUUCUCGAGAACUAUCCCCAAGCAAUUGCAGUGCUCGUCAGGAAUCACGGACUUUUUGUGUGGGGCCCGACUUGGGAAUCAACGAAGAUCAUGACGGAGUGCAUCGAUUAUCUGUUGGAGUUGAGUAUUGAGAUGCUCAAAAACAAUAUUCCGUUGGUAAACGAAGAAGCGUUUGAAAAGGAAGAUAAUUUAUCAGACAAAAUGAGAACUUUAAUGUUUGGUGAUAUGGCACCUGUUUGAGUUUGAAAAAAUUAAAAAUUCGAGAUUAACAAUUCUCGCUUAAGUAAUUUAUGGCUAAGUUUUUGUGAAAUAGAACUUAGAAUGUUCGAAGACCAUUCAUGCUCGGAUUUUAUUGAGAUUACUUCGAAACUAUAAUUAUUUUUCAUUUGAUUUCGAAAUUUCAGUUAUUGACCUAUUAGCUGAAAAAAAUAAUAUUUAGAUAUUUGACAAAUCAAACAAUUCGUUUUUUUUAAAGAAAAGACAGUUGAGUUUUGAAUGUUCCGUUAGAAAUUUCCAGAGACAUUUUGUUGUUAUAUUGAAAUUUUCAAUGUUCAUAUUCUGAACGCCAUUUAUCCAACAGCAUUUGUGAUCAUGUUUAUAUCUUACGGUUCGUUUUAUUUUGUGAUAGAUUUAUAUCUUGUCAAAGUUUCACUCGCGUUUAUUGUUUAUUAAAAGAUUUAUUAGAAGAUUCCCUGCCAAAAUACAAAUAAAUUAUUCCUAUA